GUGUUUAAAUAUAUAUAAACCAUUUUACUACUACUAAUAAAAUCCUUAUUAUGAAUAAAUCAAACUAGAGUACCCAAAUACCUGAAAAAACAGUUAUAGAAAUGUCUUUGUGAAGUUCUAUUUAAUUGAACUUGAAAUUUAAUUCCUUAUUUUUCACAAGAUAUAUCCACAAAUCAAGCUAAUAUAUGUAGUUUUAGAUACAGUAUGUUUCUUUUUAAUCACUUUUAAUACAUUAUUUAUUUGAAAGGUAUAUUUCAGAGAGGAGAGAGAUAUUCCAUCGGAUGGUUGCGGGCUAUGCAAUGCUUAGUCCAGUAACAGGAAUCAUUUAGGUACUCCAAUAACCCAUUUAGUAACCCACCCACUGUGUUCCAGGCAUAAUAGCAGGAUGCUGUGUUGAAAGUGUUGAAUAGCCAGUAGACUUAAACAAGGCAAUUGGGUAUCAGAUGUGAUCUAUCCCAAGCAGCAGCCCAACCUCCUGUAUCAUGACAUUCAAUCCUCUGACUCUGAUGGUUUUCUCCAGAUUUUGCUGUAAUAUAAGUAUUUAAUGAGGUGUAUCCCUGAAACCACUACAUGCUUCCAAGUCUAGAGAACACAAACACACUUUCAGUGUUGGUGUCAUUUGAAGAUGUGGCUGUGGACAUUACCCAGGAGGAGUGGCAAAUCAUGGACAAUACUCAGAGGACCCUGUACAGGGAUGUGAUGCUUGAGACCUAUAGCAAUCUGCUGUCAGUGGGGUACUACAUAAAAAAACCUGAUGUGAUCUUCAAGUUAGAACAAGAAUCAGUACCAUGGACUGUGCAAACAUCUGUACCCCAACAACUUUCAGAUCCUUACAGAAAGAAUGAGCUGCUUGGAACUAAUCAGGAAAAUCAAGAAACCACUUUCAGGAAGCCUCAUGAAAUGUCACUUGAGAAAAAACAUGCCUCUAAUGCACCUGAGAACAAACCUCAAUGUGGGGAAAAUCUCAGUCAGCAUGACAAGAUGUACACUUGUAAGCAAUCUUUUGAAAACAAUGGGAAAGAAAAAACUUUCAGCACGAAGAUGUUCCUUAAGUGUGAGAAAAUUUGUAUCGAAGACCCAUUUAAUGACCCUAUCAUUGUAGGAGAAACAAUUCAGUUUGACAAGAAAAUGUUCCAUAGCAAUCCUUUUUUUGUCAAGCAAACACACUCAGGAAAGGAACUCCAUGAACCUAUCAAGAGUGAGAAAUGUCCUAUUUAUAAAAGAGAUCUCAAAAUAAAUCAGAUAAUCCAAAUAGCGAAAAGUCACUAUAUAUGUGGCUACUGCAAACAGUCUUUUAGCUGUAACUCCAGCUUAACCACCAAGAAGGGCAGUGAAAUUGGAGAAAAUUUCUGUGUGUGCAAUAAAUGUAGCAAAACUAUGUACCAAAAGUCAGAAUUCACUAGAGACAAGAUGCUUCCCACUGAGGAGAAACCGUAUGAGUGUAAUGAACUUGUAAGAUCCUUUUGUGCUCAAUCAGGUUUCCUUACACAUCAGAGAAUUCACACAGGGGAAAAACCUUACAAUUGUAAUGAAUGUGAGAAAUCUUUUUCUCAGAAGUCAUACCUAAUCAUACAUCAGAGAAUUCACACAGGAGAAAAACCUUAUAAAUGUACUGAAUGUGGAAAAGGUUUUUGUCGGAAGUCAUACCUAAUCAUACAUCAGAGAAUCCACAGAGGGGGAAAACCUUAUGAAUGUACUGAGUGUGGAAAAUCCUUUUGCCAGCAGUCCAGUCUCAUUGUACAUCAGAGAAUUCACACAGGGGAAAAACCUUAUAAAUGUAGUGAAUGUGGAAAAGCUUUUUGUCACAAGUCACACUUAAUCAGACAUCAGAGAAUCCACACAGGAGAAAAACCUUAUAAAUGCAGUGAAUGUGGAAAAGCUUUUUGUCAGAAGUCACAGCUAAGCAUACACCAGAAAAUCCACACAGGGGAAAAAGCUUAUGAGUGUAUUGAGUGUGGAAAAGGCUUUUACCAGCAUUCAGAUUUCAUUAAGCAUCAAACAAUUCACACAGGGGAAAAACCUUAUAAAUGUACUGAGUGUGGAAAAGGUUUUUGUCGGAAGUCAUACCUAAUCAGACAUCAGAGAAUCCACACAGGGGAAAAACCUAAUGAAUGUAGUGAAUGUGGAAAAUGUUUUUAUUUGAAGUCAUACCUAAUCACACAUCAGAGAAUUCACACGGGAGAAAAACCUUAUAAAUGUACUGAGUGUGGAAAAGGUUUUUAUCGGAAGUCAAACCUAAUUACGCAUCACAGAAUUCACACAGGAGUAAAACCUUAUAAAUGUACUGAGUGUGGAAAAGGUUUUUGUCGGAAGUCAUACCUAAUCAUACAUCAGAGAAUCCACAGAUGGGGAAAACCUUAUGAAUGUACUGAAUGUGGAAAAGCCUAUUGCCAGCAGUCCAGUCUCAUUGUACAUCAGAGAAUUCACACAGGGCAAAAACUUUACACCUGUAGUGAAUGUGGAAAAGAUUUUUGUCACAAGUCACACUUAAUCAGACAUCAGAGAAUCCACACAGGAGAAAAACCUUAUAAAUGCAGUGAAUGUGGAAAAGCUUUCUGUCGGAAGUCACAGCUAAGCAUACACCAGAAAUUCCACACAGGGGAAAAAGCUUAUGAAUGUAUUGAGUGUGGAAAAGGCUUUUACGAGCAUUCAGAUUUCAUUAAGCAUCAGACAAUUCACACAGGGGAAAAACCUUAUAAAUGUACUGAGUGUGGAAAAGGUUUUUGUCGGAAGUCAAACCUAAUCACACAUCAGAGAAUUCACACAGGAGAAAAACCUUAUAAAUGCACUGAGUGUAGAAAAGGAUUUUGUCGAAAGGCACACCUAAUCAGACAUCAGAGAAUUCACACUGGGGAAAAACCUUAUAAAUGUACUGAGUGUGGAAAAUCCUUUUGCCAGCAGUACGGUCUCAUUGUACAUCAGAGGAUUCACACAGGGGAAAAACCUUACAAAUGUACUGAGUGUGGGAAAGCCUUUUGCCAGCAGUCCAGUCUCAUUGUACAUCAGAGGAUUCACACAGGGGAAAAACCUUAUAAAUGUAUUGAAUGUGGAAAAGGUUUUUGUCAAAAGCCAUCCCUAAUUACACAUCAGAGAAUACACACAGGGGGAAAACCUUAUGAAUGUAGUGAGUGUGGAAAAGCGUUUUGCCAGCAGUCUGAUCUCAUUAAACAUCAGAGAAUUCACACAGGGGGAAAACCUCAUAAAUGUAAUGAGUGUGGAAAAGGCUUUUGUUACAAGUCACACCUAAUCAUACAUCAGAGAAUCCACACAGGAGAAAAACCUUACAAAUGUAGUGAUUGUGGGAAAGCUUUUUGUCAGAAGUCACAGCUAAGCCUACACCAGAAAAUCCACACAGGGGAAAAACCUUAUACAUGUAAUGAGUGUGGAAAAAGUUUUUACCAUCAUUCAGGGCUCAUUAACCAUCAGAGAAUUCAUACAGGGGAAAAACCUUAUAAAUGUAGUGAGUGUGGGAAAGCUUUUUGUCAGAAGUCACAGCUAAUCACACAUAAUAGAAUUCACACAGGGGAAAAACCUUAUAAAUGUAAUGAAUGUGGAAAAGCGUUUUGCACACAGUCAGAUGUCAUUAGACAUCAGAGAAUCCACACAGGGGAAAAAGCUUAUAAAUGUGAGUGUGGGAAAAGUUUUUAUCACAAGUCACAACUAAUUGCACAUCAGAGGAUUCACACAGGGGAAAAACCUCAUAAAUGUGAUGAGUGUGGAAAAGCAUUUUGCACACAGUCAGAUCUCAUUAGACAUCAAAGGAUCCACACAGGGGAAAAACCUUAUAAAUGUAGUGAGUGUGGAAAAGAUUUUCGUCUAAAGUCAAAACUAAUCAUACAUCACAGAAUUCACACAGGAGUAAAACCUUAUAAAUGUAUUGAGUGUGGAAAAGCUUUUAGUCAAAAGCAAUCCCUAAUUGCACAUCAGAGAAUCCACACAGGGGAAACACCUUAUGAAUGUAUUGAGUGUGGGAAAGCCUUUUGCCAUAAAAAAGACCUAAUCAAUCAUCAGAGUUCACACAAGAGAAAAACUUUUUCAAUAUGACAAGAACAGGAAAUCUUUUGGCUAGCAGACAGUUAUCACAUAAGCUAAGUCACAUGCCUGAAUAAGUGUUGAGAAACUCAUACACAAAAAACAUUGAUUUCAAUAGAAAGCAAAAACUGACAUGCGGUUACAGUUCAGUAACAUAUCCAAAAGACGCUACAAAAAUAUUGCAUUAACUAAUAAAAAUUAUUUUUCUGAAGUCAAUCCUCUGCAGAUCCUAUGAAGUUCAGAAAAACAAAGGUAUGUAAACAGAAAAACUAGCUACUAUAAAGCUGCUGUCACAGCCAAAUCUUAUAAAGUCCAAAAUAAGCAUUGGUAAAAUUGCACUGUAAAAUUGUAAAAUUUUUUUAACACUGUAAAAUUGCAGUAGGAUGUGGAAAAACACUUUGAAAGUCUCAAAAAGUGUCCAAUAAUAAACAUGAGGAGUGUCAUAUUUCAGAUCAAGGUUAUGUGUUGCUAAAAUACUUGAGAUGGAAUCUAUUUGAUCUCAUUUUGUUGUAAAUAAGUUCUGCUUUCACAUCUUAAUUUUGAAAAUAAAUAUUCUAUUUAUAAUGCUUGUUUUGGAUUCCAUAUAG